UAUUGAACUCAAGUACUGUUCGGUCAAUGACAUUUCGAACUAGCCUCUCUCUCGAUUUCGACUCCCAAACGGAUCAUCCGCGACGCUCUUGUCCAAAUCCAGCACCAACCCACGUCAGUUCUUCACAAAAUCACCCAGACCCAUCUCUUAAUCUCACUCAAUAACUCAAUAUUUUGUUCACAGAUUCAGAGAUUUUGUAUUUCUGUUUAAUGCAGAUAAAUACUGGGAAAUGGACGUAAAUUUCAUGUGUUGCGGAGUGCUGCUAACAUGCACCGUACGGGUACGUGCGUAGAAGUUUGGAGGAGGGCCGAAACUUGAGAGAGAGGAUUGGGAGAUGUCGAAUCUGGUGGUGAAAGUCAAGAGAGAGACGAUUGUGGCAUGCAUGACAUGCCCUCUCUGCAACAAGCUCUUUAGAGACGCCACUACCAUAUCCGAAUGUCUUCAUACGUUUUGCAGGAAAUGCAUAUAUGAGAAGCUCUCAGAUGAGGAAUUAGAAUGUUGUCCAAUAUGUAAUAUCGAUUUGGGUUGUGUACCAUUGGAGAAGCUGAGGCCAGACCACAAUUUGCAAGAUGUAAGAGCAAAGAUCUUCCCUUACAAAAGAAGAAAGGUUAAGGCACCUGAAGUUGCAUCUUCAGUUUCAUUACCAGUGAGGAGAAAAGAGAGAUCACUCUCAUCACUAGUGGUGAGCACUCCCAGAGUAUCAACACAGACUGCCAUGACUGGAAGAAGAUCAAAAGCUGUUGCAAGAAAGGUAUCCGCUUUACGAAGUCCCAGUUUUUCCAUUGAGAAACCGGCUAUUAAAGAGGAAUAUUCUGUAGAAGAUUGUCUAAAGAGCUCUAGCUCACUCGAGACUAUGAACAAAUUCACUCAGAAUAUAAGGCAGAAUUCUUCCACUGCUGAACCAUCUGGCCAUGCUGGGCCUGAGAAAGAAAUGGAGAGUGUUGCUGAACCAUGGGAAGGGAAAGUCGAUCUCUGGAAACCUUUAAAUUAUUUGGUGGAAGUUGCAAACAGGAGCAAGUCUUCGAAGUAUAAUUCACAAGGGCCUGCUGCUAAAUCAGAACUUCUACAUGCCCCUGAAAGUGAAGAACAUGUUCGUAAAAGUAAAGCUAAGGAACAUGGGCACAAAUCAAAAGUCCAAGCCGAAAAAAAUAUUACCAAUCCUGUAUCUCCAGAUUCAGUGAAACCUAAAAAGUUGCGUCGGAUUCGCCGAAAGAGGGCGACUGCUUUUGGAGAACUUGGCAUUUCACUCCAAGCUGUGGUGGAUGCUGCCACUGGAAAACAAGAAAAAAGAAUCGGUCCAAUUUGGUUCUCGCUAGUGGCUUCGGAAGACCAGGAAGGAGAUGUACCCUUGCCCCAGAUAUCUGCAGGUUACUUGAGAAUAAAGGAUGGGAAUGUACCUGUUUCUUUUAUACAAAAGUACCUGAUGAGAAAAUUAAAUCUUACAAGUGAAGAUGAGGUUGAGAUCAGAUGCAUGGGUCAAUCGGUGUUGCCAACAUUGCAACUGAAUAAUUUAGUUGAUUUGUGGCUAAAAACUGCAUCAACGACAGAAAAAAUACCGGCAACAAUUGGCUCCUCAGCAAAGGAAUUUGUGAUGGUGUUAGCGUAUGCCCGCAAGGAAUCUCUUUUGGGCAUGCCUUUGCAUAAUGCUGUUGCUUGAAACUACUGCAAUCGCCAUGUUGGAAAUCACAGUACAUUGUAGUAAUUGGGUUCACAGCAGCGUUGUCUAAUGUCUACACCUUAGUGUGGCAUUCUGUGAUUGGUAAAGAGUUGGCUAUUUGUAAUUGUUGUUGAGAUGUCAAUUACUUAAAUGCAUAGGUGUGUUUUGUAAUUUUAUACCUUGAUUGCACAUGACCAUGUGCUACGAGGUGAACUUUCACUAUAUACCUUAUUAUUACAACCAUAAAAGUAAAACUCGUGUAGUGUCCACUAAUCUGAAAAAGAAGCAUUCUUGAGCUCUUCUUGCAA